CCAAAAUCCCCGCCGGUCAAAUCAACAUGGCGUUUAGACUGUGCACUUCAAGAAUUUUACGAGCCGCGGUUUUGCCGUUUUCUUGGGGAAAUUUCAGCAAUUUUCCGGGAAUGGAAGAAAAAUUGUGGAAGCUUGGCAAGCUCAACCACGUUGCAAUUGCUGUUCCUGAUCUAGACCACGCAAGCAAGAUGUAUAGGAAUGUAUUAGGUGCUGAUGUUAGUGAUGUGCAAGAUCUUCCAGAACAUGGAGUAUCCACUGUGUUUGUUAACUUGGGGAACACUAAACUUGAACUUUUACAUCCUUUGGGAGACAACAGCCCAAUAGCAGGUUUUCUGAAUAAAAAAAAAGAUGGUGGAAUUCAUCACAUCUGUAUUGAGGUUGAUGACAUAAAAGAGGCUAUGAAGGAUCUACAAGAACAUAAUAUUAGAGCCCUGAAUCCAGAACCAAAGAUUGGUGCUCAUGGUAAACCUGUAGUGUUUUUACACCCAAAAGACUGUGGUGGAGUUUUGGUUGAAAUGGAACAAGCAUAAGACUUGCAGAGGAAGGGUGGAUUCAGGAAUUUUUUAUGGGGAAGAGUUGAAACUUUGAUUCAGAAACUAGAGCCUGGAUGAACUGAGAAAUAUUUCAAGAUAAGUGAAUUUUGGAUACUGUAUGUUUUAGUAGUAACAUGUGAUCCUGUUAGUGCACAAAUUUUAUUGACAAGAAGUAUAAAAACAAAUCAAAGAACAUGGGCCUGAAGGAAGAGAAGGUCUGGACCCAGAUCCUCCACCUAGAUUUCCUGCUGGUGCUUAUUUAGAGCAAGUGAAGAUUCCAUUAGGAGAUAAAACAGAGGAUGGAACAUGAUGAAUUUGUUUGAAUUAUAUGCUAGAAAAUCAAGGGUUAGGGUUAGAUGGUUAAAUUGUUUGAAUAGGAAGAGAGACUCUAUUGUGCCUUUUGUUGAGGUAAUAAGGUAAAUAUUUAGUCCGUGUAGUUACUUAAUUAAGCAAGCAUGGUUACCCUACAAUCUAGAAGUGAACUUGUUUUACAUUUUUCUUUUAAUUUUUUGACAUUAACCUUAAGCUACCUCAGAGUUUCUCUCCUUCUUCUUCAACUUGAUGUAGUUUUAGAUGCAAUUAUCAAUAUUAGCAACCAGAAGUGCUUGGUUUUACAAUGUAAACUAUCAUUAAUGAAGGGCAAAUGUUCCCCUGCACAUGCACUUGAACAUUGAUCUCUGUGUUUCCAAGCAACAUGCACAAUUUUAGUUAAAUUAUCAUGCAACAUGUAAUAUAUCGUUUCAAACACAUCAUAAUUGAAUAAACAAUCAACAGUAAAAAUA